AUGAAGCUAUUCACAGGCCUCGUUUUCUGCUCCUUGGUCCUGGGGGUGAACAGCUGGUUUUCAUUCCUGACCGAGGCUGCUCAGGGGGCUUGGGACAUGUGGAGAGCCUACUCUGACAUGAGAGAAGCCAAUUACAAGGGUGCAGACAAAUACUUCCACGCCCGGGGGAACUACGACGCUGCACGAAGGGGACCUGGGGGCGUUUGGGCGGCUGAAGUGCUCAGCGAUGCCAGAGAGAAUUCUCAGAGAGUCACAGACUUUUUCAAGUUUGGAGACAGCGGCCACGGAGUGGAGGACUCUGAAGCUGACCAGUUUGCCAACAGAUGGGGCCGGAGUGGCAAAGACCCCAAUCACUUUAGACCUCGCGGCCUGCCCGACAAGUACAAGUGAGCUUCCUCCUCACUCUGCUCUCAGGAGAUGGGGCUGUGAACCCUGAGUCAUUGAGUUGUAUACCUCUAGGUGC